AUGUUCUGGAAUGUGCCGUCCGAACUGGAAUUCGGCCAACAGGCGGUAAGGGAUCAGAUGGACUUCGACGGCCCUCUGCUUGAGAGCCUCUCAAAAUCAGGCUUCCGGCGGAAUUCCGGCCUGGGCGAUGCCGGAAUCUACAUGAGCUACCUUCAAAGGGGCGGGGGCUUCUAUAUCGAUUUAGGGGCGUCGAUCAUGAUUAUCGAAGGCAAAAUCAAGGAGCUACACUCACUCAAAGGCACUGCCACUGAAGAACUGGUUGGCGGACGUAGCGCUAAAGAGGAGGUGCUUCCUGCGUUCGAUCUCCCAUCAAAGCCCAUUCCAUUGAGCGGAAUACCAUCCCUGUCCCUCGCUGGGGUCCCCCAAGUUUCACGAGAUAAGCGUGGACGAUAA